GACGCUUUUGAAUCAUCCAAUCAGUCGAAAGCGAGCUCGUUCCUACCGGAAGAGAAAGUAGCUGCUGGUGAUAAGAAAAUAAUUAGCCUGUUAGCUCAUAUACUGAUUUUUUUUUCUUGCGAUACAACUUUAAAUGAAUUUUGAAUGUCAGCCUUUUUCGGAUGAAAAAAGCAAUGAGAACGAGCUCAACUUCACCUCCACUGCACGUGCAUGUAAACGAGAGCACACCUGUACAUGUGCAUGUAAAGAAGGACAUGAAGAACAGCCCUGUAAAACCAGCACAAGUUAAGGCAAAAGGCUGCUUACGGCCCACUGCUAAAGUUAAGACAAGAGUUCCAUGGAUUCCUCCAGGCAAAGCUUCAACCCGAGAAGCAUCGUUCAAGUGGGAGAGUCCGAGCCAUCGCUUGGAGAUCGCCCCCCUACCCGAGCCAGAUCCUUCCCGCUCUGCUCUCCGUCUGGAAGACCUCUCUACUGAUGAAGAGGACGCUCUGCAUGGACGCAUCAACCAGUAUGAGAGGAAGAUCAACAGCCUGAUGACUGAGGUCAGCUCACUGAAGAACAAGGUGGAACUGCGGAAGAAGGAGCAGGAGCUGGAGCGUCAGUCUGAGAGGUUAAGCGUCUCGCAGCGUGUCAUCGCCGAGCAGGAGGAAGAGCUGGCCGAGGUCGCCAAGGAGCUAGAAAUCACAGAGCGAGAGAACACACUCCUCCGGGAGUCCAUGGAGAAAAUGCUGGAGGAAAACAAUUAUGGCAGGUUGGAGAGAGAGAACCUGCAGCAGGAGAAGGAUGUGCUGCUCAGGAAGCUGCUGGAGGCAGAACUCGACAGCACUGCAGCCGCCAAACAGGCCCUGGCACUUCGAGAUGCUGUUAGCCGCAUGUCGAGGACUGAGAAGCGGUUGACAGGCUCUGAUUCGUCAUUGCUGGCCCGCCAGAAGGAUCUCCUCCUCCAGAAGUUGGACACUUUUGAGAGAACAAACAGGACACUGCGCCGCCUCCUGAGAGAGCAGCAUGAGCGUGAGAUGGAUUCGAUUCAACUGCUAGAGCAGAAAGACUCUCUCCUAAAGAGACUUACUGAAGUUGAGGAAGAAAAUUCGCAUCUUCAGAUCAAGCUUCAGGAUAAAGAGAAAGAAGUUGCUGACCUUUCCUGCUUUUUAGAGAAUGAGAAGGAACAUGUGAAGACCACAAGCGAACUGUCCAAGUCCUUGGAAUCGACCCGAGCUCAUUUGCAGGGCCAACUACGCAGCAAGGAGGCAGAAAACAACCGCCUUUCAGUUCAGAUUAAGAACCUUGAACGAGCUGCUGGGCAGCAGCAGGCAGAGCUGGAUCACGUACAGGCUCAGAUGCGGGAGCUGAAGCAGCGGGCUGAGGUGGAUAAAGAGGCACUGAAGAAAGCCACACGGGCACUAAAACAAAGAGCAGAGCGCAGUGAGGACACCGCAGGACAUCUCAGUUCUCAGCUGACCGAAAUGGAAGCCCGUCUGGCAGAUGCUGUUUCAACUGCUGAGAACUGGAGCAGCCAGCACGCAAAGGAGCUAAAGGAGAAAGGCCAGCUAGAGGUGGAGGUCACAGUACUGAACAGUCGGAUCACAGACCUGACAGACCAGCUGCAUUUGCUUGAGGAGAAAACACGAGCAGAGAGAGAUGGACUUCUGGACCGACUGCACAGUAUGACCACAGAGAGCACCACAGGCAGACUGGAGAACCAGAGCUUAAAGGCAACUUUGUGUGCAAUGGAGGAGAAAGUGUCUCUGUCCCGAUCUGAGCUGGAGCAGGUCAAAGCUUCAGUGAAGCAGUAUGAAAGUUUGGUGGACAGUUACAAGAUUCAGCUGCAGAAGACACGUGCUGAAGCCGAUGAGUACAGUAGGCACGCGCAGCAGGCAGAGCGAGAGGCGCGGGCCCUGAGGGAGGAGCUGGAUCAGGAGCUGGAACAGGCUCGGAAGCAGCUGAUAGGCCGCCUAAGCGAGCUGGACCCAUUACCCGAUGCCCUGCAUCGCACUGAGCUCCAACUUCAGGAGGCAAAAGAAAGAGAGCGUGUACAGGAGAGGAGGAAUGUCGAGCUCACUACGAGUCUCGCUGAGCUACGCGUUAAGGUAGAACAGCAGGGUGCUCAGAUGGAGAAGGUGCAGCAGAGGAACACAACAAUAACUGAGGAAAACAACCAGCUCAAGCACAAAGUGGAAUCCCUGGACAGGAAGUUGGAGGAGGCCAACUCUCAGAAUGGAGAUCUUCUGCAAAUGAUAGCAAAACGAGAAGAGACCAUCCUUCACAACCAGGUGCGUUUGGAGGAGAAGUCUCGAGAGUGCAACACUCUAAACCGUCAGCUGGAGGAGGCACUAGAGGAGGCCAGGCGACAGGUGUCCAACACAAGGGAGCGAGCUGCAUCUAAAGAGCGAGCCUCUCAGUCCAAAGUGAUCGAGUUGGAGACCCAAAUAAGCCGAGUCAGUUCAGAGCUCAAUCAGCUGCGGCGCAAUAAAGAAGAGGCGGAGAGAAGGCACCAGAGCCGCCUGCAGGACAUGAAGGACCGCCUGGAACAGUCAGACAGCACCAACCGCAGUCUGCAGAACUAUGUGCAGUUCCUUAAAGCCUCUUAUGCUAGUGUGUUUGGGGACUCCGCUCUUAGCAGCACCUCACUCAGAGCUCACUCAGCCAUCUGACUCCCAUUUACACCUCACACUAAGGAUGAGGUGAUACAGAACACACACACGGGCGUAUAUAUUUUACACAGGACAUGUGACAAGUUUACUUUCAUUGGUUUUCUUUUAACGUGAGAAAGAACCAAAGUAUGACUCAACUGCAAACCCGUUGGACCCUUACAAUAAUUAUACAUUUCAUUACAUUUUACAUGCAUCUCCAUAUUAGAGCUAUAGAUACUCGGCAGCGUUUAUUAGUGGAUGCUGCAGCGGUGCUUACUGAGAAGUAUAUGUUACUUAUAAAUUUUAAGCAAAUAAAAAAAUUAAGAACA